CUGUCUCUCUCUCUCUCUCUCUCUCUCUCUCUCUCUCUCUCUCUCUCUCUCUCUCUCUCUCUCUCAGCCUCUCUCUUCCCCAUCGAUAUCUCCUCAGUCAGGAGGGAUCAUGAGUUUUUGGAUCAUGACUCCGUGCGAGCGUUAUGCAGGAGAUUGACGACUCUGAACAAAUGCGCUGCUAUGAGUCUAGAAGUUCACUUCCGCUGUAAACAGAGUGAGGAUUCUGAGGAGGAUGAUGCAUGUGCACUCAGCUCCCGUUGGGCGUUUCAGCGUGACAGUAAAACUUGGUCCCGCCUUCAGACCCACAGCGAAGGUGUCACCACCCUGCGGCCAUCAGCAAGCAGCGACAGUGUCCUAAGUGAUGUGACGUCAUUGACCUCUGACCUCAGCCUCAGCAGCCUGAGUCUGGACGUUGCCCGGGAAACCACCUCUCUGGAGGUGACCACCUACUGCGAGGCCACAGAAUGUGAUGGCGAUGACUCCUCCUCUCCGCCGCCUUCUGUCAGAGAAAAGGUCAAACGUUCUUCCAGGCUCUUCUUGCGACGAAUGGAGUCUCUACGGCGACAGAAAGAGGCGGUUGCUAGGGGUGUUUCCACAGAAACUCAUCCCCAGGUGCCAAAGUUACAUCCAGCAUUUAGCUUGCCAAAAAGGACUGUGAAAGGAAUCAGUGCUUCAGAGGGGGUGGGAUGGAGGUCACGUCCGAGGCGGCAUAGCAGUGAUGACCAAUCAGCUGCUGACGUCAAGCCUCAGAGGGCAUGUCUGUAUCUCGAGGACUACCAGUUAGCAUGGGAGCGGUCCAAACUGACACGUCAGAGGAGUCACCCAGGGGCAGUAGGGCGGCUCGUUCAUCUUCCUUUGGAUCACAAACCUGGAACGUUCCCCAGGUCGCUGUCUAUCGAGAGUGUGUGUCCGCCUUCUUUUUCUCACCGUAGCGAGCUGAUUGGCUGGCCAGGAGAGGAUGGAGAAUUCUCAUUGGAUGGCACCAGCAGUUGCCUGAGCGAAUCACAGGACUUUAUUUCACCCAUGCUGAGAAAACGGCAAACCUCGGUGGAUUCAAUAAACUCGGUUUAUGACAACGUUCCUGACGUUUUCACGGUUUCUCCAGAAGUCCCCGAAGUUUGCGUUCAGAGCUCGGAGGACGUGUUCCAGCAUCUGGAUGCCAUUUUGCAGCACAUCCACGGACUGCAGGACAACAUCGACAAGUGGUCGAACUCCCUGAGACAACAGCUGGACGAGACUGAGUCGAUGACGGAGACUACAUCACCCAGCAUGCUUCAGGACGAGGAGCGCUCGGAUUAUGAAAGUGCAGGCAAUUCGCUGAACGACGGAGACGGAGAUGGAGACAUGAGGGAAAGGAGGGAUUCGGGAGUCGGAGCGUCUCUCACUCGACCCAGCAGAAAGCUGCGAUGGCACAGUUUUCAGAAUUCGCACCGACCGAGUGUGACGUCAGCGUCACAGGAGAUUAACCAUCAGUCAGCAGCACAGCUGAACCUGCUGCAGAAAUACAGCCUGCUGAGACUCACAGCCAUCCUGGAGAAACACUGUGACACGGGCAGACAAGGACGGAGCUGGACGGUGCCCAAGUUCAUGAAACGUUCUAAAGUUCCUGAUUACAGAGACAAGCGAGUGUUUGGGGUUCCACCGAUCGUAAACCUCCAGCGCAGUGGUCAGCCCCUCCCCCAGAGCAUACAGCAGGCCAUGAGGUAUCUGCGAAGCCAGUGUCUCGAGAAGGUGGGAAUAUUUCGGAAGUCAGGAGUGAAAUCCCGGAUUCAGGCCUUGAGGCACCUUAACGAUAAUUCCCCUGAUCAUGUGACCUAUCAGGGCCAAUCAGCUUAUGAUGUUGCUGACCUGCUGAAGCAGUAUUUCAGAGAUCUGCCAGAACCCAUCCUGACCUCCAAACUCACACAGACCUUUCUGCACAUUUACCAGUUUGUCCCUCAGCAGCAGAGGUUCCAAGCGGUGCAGUGUGCUGUGUUCCUCCUGCCCGAUGAGAACCGGGAGGUUCUGCAGACGCUGCUCUACUUCCUCAGUGACAUCAGCACAGCAGAAGAGAACCAGAUGACAGCACACACACUUGCUGUGUGUCUCGCUCCCUCCAUCCUGCACCUUAACACCUCUAAACGAGACACAGCCUCACAUGGACUGAUUAGCAAACGGAGAAGAGCCAAACCAGACCACAAGGACCUGAGUGAGAACAUGGCAGCCACUGAGUGCCUGAGUCACAUGAUCACUGAGUGUAAAAAGCUCUUUCAGGUUCCUCAGGAGAUGAUGCUGCAGGCGUGUAGCUCAUACCUGUUAGCAGACGCUCAGCCAUUGCCUCUGCACGCGCUCGGAGUGAACAGACAUGGAGAACGUGUGGACUAUCGCGUUUACCUGGAGGACAAUGUGCAGUGUUUACUGAGAGAUACAUCUGAGAAGAGCAAGGGGUGGCACAGUGCACCAGGACCUCCACACACUGAGCUCUCCUACAAGAAGGUUGGAGAUGGGCACCCAGUUCGCCUGUGGCGCACUUCUGUAGAGAUCGAGGCUCCACCCACUGUGGUUUUGCACCGUGUGCUGAGAGAGCGCCACCUGUGGGACGAGGACCUGCUGCACAGCCGUGUAAUAGAGAGUCUGGAAAAUAACACUGAGGUGUUUCAUUACAUCACCGACAGCAUGGCGCCUCACCCACGCCGAGACUUUGUAGUACUCCGGCGUUGGUGCACAGAUCAAACUCGUGGUGUGUGUGUUCUCAUCUCAUCAUCUGUUGAUCACGGCAAUGUCCAGCUGGAGGCGGGGAUUAGAGCAGUGCUUCUGACGUCACGUAUUAUGAUUGAGCCAUGCGGAAAGGGGCGGAGCCGACUAACUCACUACUGCAGAGCGGAUCUACGGGGGCGCUCUCCUGACUGGUAUAAUAAAGUGUUUGGUCACCUGUGUGCGGCUGAGGUUGCUAGGAUACGUGACUCGUUCCCCGUUUUAACAGCAAGAGGACCUGAGACCAAACUCUGAGACCGAGCGAGUGAGCAGGACAAGGACAAAGUGGAAGUACUUCAUCUGACCUGAUUAGACCAAAUCUGAUCACCAAACCAAACUACUCAGAUUAGACACAUUACUGGGUCUGAAAAGUCAGCGUAUUAAAUCUAAUUAGAGAAGAUCAAACCAGAUCAGAUUUGAUCCAGUUAAAACAGAUUAGACAAAGCAAACAUUUUAAAUGAUGACAAAAAAAAACUGGAACAAAUUAGAACGUCUCUUAUUAGAUUGGAAAUCAAAUUAGAUCAGACAAUGCUGAAUCAGCACAGAUCAGGACAACACAUUAAGCUAGAUUAGAUUAGAUCGUACCAAAUUGUUUAGAAUAUACCAGUAAUAACAUAUCACUAGAUCAGAACAUAUGAAAGAUUAAACCAGAUUAGACUAAAACAGACCAGAUUAGACCAGAUAAAAAAACAAGACAAUGUAAACAAGAUAGGAAAAGAGAAUUAUUUUACACGAGAUCAGAUAGAAUCAGAUAUGAAGUUCAUAAUAGAUUAAAGAGGUUUUUAACAGAUCACACUGAACCAAAUUAGACCUGAUCAGACCUGAUUAGAUCAGAGAUUAGACCGGAUCUGAACACACCAGACCAUCAGAUCAGACAUUAUACUACAUUAGAUUAGACAAGAUUGGUAUAAAUUAAUCCACAUUAGUUCGGUUCCUUACUCUAAACUUUAAAGUUUUAAGCUCUAUGAUGAAUAUUCUCUCAGCUCACAGGCCAAAACUCCAGCAGCCAAUCAGAUGUCAGAUAUGUAAAUAUGUAAAUGAGCAGAUGAUUUGAAUAUGAAAGCUAUCAGGAAUCACACUGGAGGCAGAAACUGUCCCAGAUUUAUCACUGCAUUAUGCACUGUGUGUGUUUGCGCGUGUGUGUUUGCGUGUGUGUGUGUGUGCGCUCCAGGAAAUAAAUAUCGUAAACAGACAAAUCUGAAAAUCUGUUAAUCACACACACUUUCAAGACAAUGACUCAUGGUGUGUGUGUGUGUGUGUGUGUGUGUGUGUGUGUGUGUGUGUGUGUGAGAGAGAGAGAGAGAGAGAGAGAGAGAGAGAAACAAUAAAAAUGAGGAUCUAAAGCCAUUUUAAUUUAAAGGUAAACAUGUUUCACAGAUGGUGCAUUUUAUCAGAUUGGAUUAUUUUAAUAUUGUCGAAUUUAGCAGUAUUUUAUUUAUUACUUCUUUAAUUUAUGCAGUUUACUAAACUGAAUUUACUAAAAUCUACAGAUCAGGAAACAUUAGAACAGAGAUUAGAUUAGAUUAGAUUAGAUUAGAUUAGAUCAAGCCAAAUUAUAAAUCCUUUAAAACAUUUUGUUACAUCAUCAUCAUCAUCUUCAUCAUCGUAUUUAAAACAUCAGUGUUUCAUUCGGUCGACUGAAUUAAAUAAAUGAAUAAAAACGUGGUGUGUGUAGAACAGUGCAGCUAUUUUCAGGUUGAAAUUAUUUUCUGAACAUUUGUGUGAGUGUGUGUGUGUGAGUGCUUGUGUGUGUAUGUGUGUAUGUGUGAGUGUGUGUGUGUGUGUGUGUGUGUGUGUGUGUGUGUGUUCCUUUAUAUGCCACAUGUGCCUUAAAGAGUCCUCAGUAUAAUUUAUUCCUGUUAUUUGUAUGUUCCAGUUUCUAAAUUUGUUUUUUAAGAGAAAACUGAAGUAAACAGUUCAGAGGAUUAAAAGAUGUCUGAUUUUUA